GGCUGGGAGGGGGACGUCGCUUUCAUCGUUUCGGCUUAAAAACAGUGCAGCUAUGCCUUGGUGAUGAAAAGAGGCAGCUCGCGGAAAUAGAGGCGGAGGGUGGGGACCGCUCACUGUACAACGGAAACGCCUUAAACAAAAAACAUCCCGCGCGCACUGAGACGAGUUCAGUGACACCUGACAUUAGAAAGUGCCUUCCUUUCGUUUGCGAAGAUGCCCAGAGGAUUUUUAGUCAAGAGAAACAGGAAAGCGACGCCGGUGUCUUACCGGAUCCGCGCGGAGCACGAGGAAGAACAGGAGCGCGAGCAGAUACAGCGACCGGGCGAUGCGCCUAAAUCAGCAUCUGCGUCGUUAGCAUUAGUUGCAUCAGCAACACCGCGCGCGGACAGUCUGAGCCACGCUCCCAAACCGGUACGUUUUGGAAACCCAGAAAUGGUGUGCCAAUCCAUGUACAGCCCCACGCGUCCUGUGAGCCGAGAGCACGAGCGCGUGUCGCUCGAGCGCCGUUUCGACCUCGGCUCGCCCGUCUCGGCGGAGUCGUUCCCUACGCUCAGCUCCUUCGAAGCUCAGCAGCACCACGCGUGCGCUCCCGUGGACCUAAAGAUCGGCACAAGCAACAGCAAUCGGAUCGCGAGCAAACGAGCAGCACCUGAGCACGAGCGCAAGAGCAAACCGGCGCCCAAAAAAACCAAAGCGAUCAGGAAGUUGCAGUUCGAGGACGAGGUCACGACCUCACCGGUCCUCGGGCUGAGGAUCAAAGAGGGCCCGGUUGAGCAGAAGCCGAGUGCUCGCUCCGGCGUUGACAAACCGCUUGGCGAGUUCGUGUGCCGGUUGUGUGGGGAGGCGUACGCGGACCCGUUCGCCCUGGCUCAGCAUAGGUGCUCGCGCAUUGUGCGCGUCGAGUACAGGUGUCCCGAGUGCGACAAGGCGUUCAGCUGCCCCGCCAAUCUAGCCUCUCACCGGCGCUGGCACAAACCCAAGCAGCUGAACGUGACGGGAAACGAUGGCACUGACAAGAAACCCCGUACGCCGGACGACACGAAUAAGGAUGUGCAAGGUGAGCUCGAGCGAGAUCGCGACACGCCCAGUCCUGGAGCCUCCGAGUCGGGUUCAGGCUCCGACUCAGACGGCAUGUAUGAGUGCCAGCGCUGUGCAAGGAAGUUCAAACGCCAGGCUUAUCUGAAGAAACACGUCCUGACACAUCACGGUCCGCUGAGCGCAAGUCGUGAAAGUCACGCGCCGUUACAAGAAAACGAGGCGAAACGGCUAGAGCAUGCGCAGGUGCCGGUGCAGGCGCCGCUGGACUUGAGCGCAUGUCCCGUGUGCGGGGAGACUUUCCCAAGUCGCGUGGCGCAGGAGAGGCACGUCCGUGUGCAGCACGCGUCUCACGUGUAUCCGUGCAAGCACUGUCCGGCCGCUUUCUACAGCUCCCCAGCGCUCACGCGCCACAUCAACAAGUGCCACCCUUCAGAAAACCGGCAGGUGAUUCUGCUGCAGGUGCCCGUGCGGCCCGCCUGCUGAAGAACCCGCGUGCCUUUAAACAUUAAACUCGGCGGCGCGUGCAGGGGAACCGACACAACUAUAGAGCCUCGCUCUUGACAUAUACAAGAUCGUAGUUUAUCAGAAUGAAGUGCACAGCGAAAAUAUUAGGUGUUCAGUUAACACAGACUGAGGUGCAGUGCGGAAUUAACACAUAGGCAGUGAAGACUUUAUUUAACACUUCCGUCACUUAAUCAUUGUGGUCAUUGCGCAUGCAUAUUCCUAAGAAAGUAAGUUUACUUAGAAUUCGUAUUCAAUUCUACAAUUUCUAAUUCACUGUGAGUGAGAACAGGUUUGGGUUAAUACAGUAGUGUUGGUUAAUACAACACUGUAUCAGUUCACUUAUUGUUAAUGAAACACUGCAGGUGGUCGAGAGCUGGGAGAAGAUCGAGACCCUAAACAAUCUUUAAGCAUAAUUUAACUCAACUGAACUUAUUUAUUUACUUAUUUAUUCAUUUAUUUAUUUUUCUUUAUUUAUAUAUUCCAUUCAACAGUAAAUCAACAAGCAAAUAAAUAGUAAACAAUGUGAGUGCAAUAAAAGAAGUAGAAGAAAUUAUAUGAAAAUUCACAAUAAAACAGAGAUAAUAAUAAUAAUAAAUUAAAAAAAAAAUUUAACAGCUAAAAUGCUCUAGUAUCUAAAUGAAGUGAUUACUAGAUUAGUAUUUUCUGCAGUCUUAUCUCUGGCUGUGGAUUUUUUUUUUUAGGAUCACUACUCAUUACUCACAUCCAAAGCCCUUAAUAAACUAUAUGGGUUAUAUUAUGUAAUCUUUGAGCUUGCUUUAUAGUAAACACAAAGGAUCGCACCUUGCAAUUAGGGUGUUGUGCAGGUGCAAAAAAGUGAUUAAAGAUUCGUCAUUUCAGAUUCCUUAGCAGCGAUGGGUCAGGUUUGGUCAAAAACCUGGGCCCUGAAACCCCUCCUGAAACCCCGCCUCCUUUUUCUCAGAACCCUCACUGGUCAGUGUUGAUUCAACGCAUUGGUUUUCGCUGUGCGCUCUUAGACUGUUAUCUUAUUUUUGUAGAAUUUCUGCACACAUUCUUUGCUGUGUUAGCUCAUUUAGACCUAAGAAACUGAUAAUCCUGGCUGUGCCGUUACUGAAAAUGCCUUCUGAAUCACAGGAAUGGAAAUCUACCUAUAUGACUUUAGCUUUAAUCUAGCUUGUGGAUCUGUGGACUUUGGACUUUAGCUUUUGUUCUAAGACCUUAAUAAUGAUAUUAAUAAUAAUGAUGAUAAAAGGGUUUUAGCCUUCUAGUGUAGCCAGAAAUGCCUUGAAAUAGUUCACACACAUUCUGCUGUAAAACUGCCUUAAUCGUGUAAAUGUGGGGUGACUGAAAUGUCUUAUUUAUCCUUUAAAUGGUAUGCUUCUUAUUUUUAUAUCAUUCCAAUGUGUGUAUAUGUUCACACUGACUUUAUUUAUCUAUGUAUUUAUUUAUUGCAAAUGUUUUAUUUAAAUUAUUUCAAUGUCUGAAUUAGGCUAGACACUUUGAAACGGCCAAAUGUUUAAUUUAAUUGAUUUAAUCUCAAUCAAUGCAACAGUAAGAAGGCAAAAAAAAAAGUAGCCUAUAGGGGUCGCAAGACUGUUUUUCCCACCAUUGUUAGGUAGCCUUACAAUAAUUAGCCUAUUCCCUAUAGGCCGAUUAGUUUGGAGAAUCAUUCCGUCAGUGCUUGUGUGUUUCUGCAGUAUUGCUAUGUGUCCAAAUAACGUUAAUGACAAUAAAACAAUCAAAAAAAUUAAACAAAA